GCGCCGAGCCCCGCAGGGUUGCAGCGCCGCGGCCCGGCCGGGCGCCUCGACAAGUUCGCGGAGAGUUGUGGAGAAGUUGGGGGUGGGGGGCGGCGGCGCGGGCCCCCGCGAUCCACCAGCCCCGGGGCGUCCGUCCGUCGGUCCCGCCGCGUCCCAGCCCCUCGGCCCCCCCUCCCCUCCGGGGGGGAGCGCCCACGCGCGGCCGGAGCCAUGUCGUCCAUCCUGCCCUUCACCCCGCCGAUCGUGAAGCGCCUGCUGGGCUGGAAGAAGGGCGAGCAGAACGGGCAGGAGGAGAAAUGGUGCGAGAAGGCGGUGAAGAGCCUGGUGAAGAAGCUCAAGAAGACCGGGCAGCUGGACGAGCUGGAGAAGGCCAUCACCACGCAGAACGUCAACACCAAGUGCAUCACCAUCCCCAGGUCCCUGGAUGGCCGGCUUCAGGUGUCACACCGGAAAGGACUUCCUCAUGUCAUCUACUGCCGUCUGUGGCGGUGGCCGGACCUGCACAGCCACCAUGAGCUGCGGGCCAUGGAGCUGUGUGAGUUCGCCUUCAAUAUGAAGAAAGACGAGGUGUGCGUGAACCCUUACCACUACCAGCGAGUGGAGACGCCAGUUCUACCUCCUGUGUUAGUGCCACGACACACAGAGAUUCCGGCCGAGUUCCCCCCCCUGGACGACUACAGCCAUUCCAUCCCUGAGAAUACCAACUUCCCUGCUGGCAUCGAGCCCCAGAGCAAUAUUCCAGAGACCCCACCCCCCGGCUACCUGAGUGAAGAUGGAGAAGCCAGUGACCACCAGAUGAACCACAGUAUGGAUGCAGGUUCUCCAAACCUAUCCCCGAAUCCGAUGUCCCCGGCACACAAUAACUUGGACCUGCAGCCAGUCACCUACUGCGAGCCGGCCUUCUGGUGCUCCAUCUCCUAUUAUGAGCUGAACCAGCGUGUGGGGGAGACAUUCCACGCCUCGCAGCCCUCCAUGACUGUGGACGGCUUCACCGACCCCUCCAACUCGGAGCGCUUCUGCCUGGGUCUGCUGUCCAACGUCAACCGGAACGCAGCGGUGGAGCUGACGCGGAGGCACAUCGGGAGAGGCGUACGGCUCUACUACAUCGGAGGGGAGGUGUUUGCCGAGUGCCUGAGCGACAGCGCCAUCUUCGUCCAGUCUCCCAACUGUAACCAGCGCUAUGGCUGGCACCCGGCCACGGUCUGCAAGAUCCCACCAGGAUGCAACCUGAAGAUCUUCAAUAACCAGGAGUUCGCCGCCCUGCUGGCUCAGUCCGUCAACCAGGGCUUUGAGGCCGUGUACCAGCUGACGCGCAUGUGCACCAUCCGCAUGAGCUUCGUCAAGGGCUGGGGAGCCGAGUACAGGAGACAGACGGUGACCAGCACGCCCUGCUGGAUCGAGCUGCACCUGAACGGCCCCCUGCAGUGGCUUGACAAGGUCCUCACCCAGAUGGGGUCCCCCAGCAUCCGCUGUUCCAGCGUGUCUUAGGGACCCUGGGCGUGAAGGAGCGGGAGGGGGAGAGCUUCGGGAGAACAGCCGUGGAGGAGAUGGAGAACCAGCACCUGCUCAACCUAGCUCAUCAAGGAAGAAACUUCUCGCUUUCAACCAAGGUGGCCCAGACCUGUUCUCUAACGCACAGAAGCAAACCCAGAUGUGGGUUUUCGCGAACAGCUGGGUGUGCUGAAUACUUUCGCCCUCAGCCCUGGUUUGAAGGGCAAGAAACGGCUUCUGCUCACUUGAGCCAACAGGUAGUGGUUUCGCCACUGCCCCUCCCCCAGCCUUCUCUUUCAAUGACAGCCGUGUGUGCGGGAUGUCACCACGUCACCAGCUACGGAGAGAGCCUCGUCCUGGAUUGCAUACAGAAUUCACCCCGGAGGGGUUGUUCUAACUCUUUGGCACUCGUGGCAAAUGCAUGCGCAGCCCCGCCCCACCCGGCCUGGCAGUGUUACGGGUGCACCUGGAGAACGCGGUGGUUUGGGUAAAGGGGGGGUUCUUGUCUGGCUCUCUCCCUCAACCAUAUAGCCAGGUGUGUUCAGCAGUGUGCCACAGGGGUAAACGUUGGUGCGAGCCAUCUCUCUCUUUUCAAAAUGCUCUUGUCCUUUCUCAGCUGGACCCCCCGCCCCCCCCCCCCGCGAGGCGCGGCAUUGGGGCAGCGCAGGGGGCCCCGGGUUCACGUUAAUCUCAAGACUUGGAGGAUGGUAACGGUUCCCACACCGCGGGGGCAGCGGGGGUGGGAGGCGAGGGGCCGAGGCAGCCACCCCCGAGGGCGUCUGCCCAUCUCCGAGCUCGCGCCACGUCCUCAUGUACCUGGCUCUGAUGGGUUUCGGUAGGCAGCUGCCUUCAUUAAAUCCACUGUAUCAUAUGCUGUUUUUAAGUGUUUAU